UCUAAAUUUUCGCAAUUAAUUUUUAUUCUUCUCAAGUUUAAUUUAAUUCGGUUUGAUUUGAAUUCUUUUUGUUUGAUUUAAUUGUUUCACGUUCAUCUGGGAGACUGGAUAACAUUUGGAAUUUAAAAUUAAGUCUAUUUGGUUGAUAAUCUUUGGUGAUUUCAUGUUCUUUUCUGUUUUUCGUUUGGCUCAAUUAAGUGUAACUUGAUUGUCACUCUUAAUUUACUUUAUUGACAUUCAAUACAAUCAUUUGUGAGAAUUAUUAAUCUGUUAAUUGUUGUUAAUUGGUUGUUUGUGACAAUUAUUGAUUCUACAAGGUCUUAAACCUUAUGCUUUACCUGAUCAACAUUUCAAGGAUUCUUUUGUAUUGAAAAUUAAAUCUACCUAAUGAUUUAUUUUUCACUCAUCUCCUAUUUGAUUGAAUAGGUGUGACCCAAUUUAAAUACAAUCUAAUUAGUGAAUCACCAAUUAAAUGUGACAUCACAGUAUCAAUCUAAUUAUAACUUAAAUUGACAAUUGUUCUGCUGUAAAUUUACAUAGACAAUUAAGUUAUAAUUAGAUUGAUAUUGUAAUGUUACAAUUGAUCACAUUGGGUUAACCCUUUUAUAGAGAUUCCAAAAAUUUGGAUGGAUUAUUCUGAUUCCAUGGCAAGUGAUGGCGCCUCCAGAUUAUUGUUUUACCUUGGACAAUUUAGUACAUGGAAACAUUUACAGUUACCUUUUUGCUUAUGGAUAUGAGCAUGUCUAUGUAGCUUUACUUGUGUCUUUCUAUUUUUUUCUUGCUCCAUGUAAUUCUGACUGAACAUUGGAUUUUUUUUUCUUGCUGUUCUAUUCCCUGUGAUAAUAUACAUACAUACACAUAUAUAUAACCUAAUAUGAUAUCAUGGACUCUUCAGCAAGAAAGUGGAGUUCAGAUGUUUCAAAAUUACCAUGGACUACAUGGUAAAGGUCCAUGUAUAAAACGAUCGCCACCCCGUAUAUAUACCAAGUGAUUAUUUCUUGUUAGUGCGUUCACGCGAUUUUCCGUUAAAUUGUGUCAAUUAUUUUCUCAACUCUUGAAACAUUUCACCUGAUUAAUGACUGUUGAUUCACUUAUUUCUUUCUUUCUUUCUUUCUUUAAGAAUUGUUCUAAUUGCUGGUUGAAAUAUUGAUCUUUUGGCUGGAAAAAAAAGUCUGUUAAAAAGGCGCAACUAAUUCAAAUCGAUAGUCUAAGGAACGUUUAACCGAGAACUGAUUUUCCAAUUCUGACUUACCUGUGUUUUUGUUUUUCUUCCUGUUGAUUUAAAGUGAUAUUUUUACCUGAUAAACUGAAAGAAAUGCACUUUGUGAUAUCUUAAGAGAUCUGAUUUCUUUAUUCAAUUCUGUUCUAUCCUGUGUGUGUGUGUGUGUGUGGUAAUCCUUUCUCAUCACCUUAUUAUCUUGAUUCGUUCAUUGAUCUUCUUACACACACAUUGUGAUCAAUUUCAAAUGAUAUCGACAAAUAUCAUCACCAACAGCAUGUAUUUCUCACAUCACAACAGGAUUAACGAUAUUUUAUCAUGAUGCUGAUCUUAAAGGUAAUCAAAAAAUAUUUGGAAAACCGAAAAAUAUUUGGAUUGUUGAAUUGAGGUAAUCUGAUUAUCGUCUAUUGUUUUGCUUUCUGCUGUUGUUAACAUUUUCUGGUUUUCUCCCUCCUGUUAAUUGUGUUAACCAGUUUUUGUGUAUCAUCAUCAUUAUCAUCUCUCUUACAAUCAGGAUUUACCUUUGACCCAUUCAACAAAUCAACGAAAACAUCAUCAACACAUCAACUCUCUCCUACAUUGAAAAUCCAGGAAAAUGGUUCCAUAUUGUUUGUGAUUAAUUAUUAACUCUUACAAUUUAAUUUCCAUCUAAAGCUUUAAUCUUUACAAUUAUGUGCACACAAAAUUAAACUCAAUCAGUUGGAUUACCAUCAUAAUAUAAAAUAGUGUUUUUAUCUCAAUUAAUUGAGGUAGAAAAUUUUUUUUUCUUCAAAUUGAUCAACUUUUGUAUCAAUAAUUAAAAGUUUACUCUACAAUUUAUAUUUUUAAUCGCUACCUGAUCUCAUCAUCAACAUUGCUGAUUGCAGAAUUAGUUUGUUCAAAUAUACAUUGUAAUCAUCAAUUGUUGAUUAAUUUCAUAUCACAACAACAGGAUAACAUCAACGAAGACUCAUAUUAUCAUCAUAAUCAUUAUUAUAAGAAUAAUAAUCAUCCUCAUCACUAUCAUCAUCUUGGAAAAAUAACAAAAGCAGAAUCAUUUUUGCAAAGUAACAACAAACAAAAGGCAUAACAUAAGAAGAGGAUAAGAAAACAAAAGUAUCAACAACAACAAUAAUAAUAAUACAAUACAAGUAAUUAAAACCAUGGAACCUGAUAAAUCAUCUAUGGACUCUAAUUAUUCAUUGAGAAAUUUGAAAAGACAGUGUAUCAUAUUAGUAGGUAAACUAAUAAGGACAAAAAGCCCGGAACCAGAAAUAGAGAUUGAGACAACACGAAAAUUAAAGAAAUGCUUGACCACUUUGGAUCUGACAUCACUUGGAGUUGGAAGUUGUGUUGGAACUGGAAUGUACCUUGUUACUGGUAUGGUGGCUCAUAAAUACGCUGGACCCGGUGUGGCAAUAUCUUUCUUAAUAGCGGCAAUAGCAUCGUUAUUAUCGGGUGUUUGUUAUGCUGAAUUUGGUGUACGAGUGCCUCAUACCACUGGUUCAGCUUACAUGUACUCAUAUGUUACCGUGGGUGAAUUUAUCGCAUUUAUUAUCGGUUGGAAUAUGAUACUUGAAUAUUUAAUUGGAACCGCUGCUGGUGCAUGUGCCAUAUCCGCUUGUCUUAAUGCCUUAGCCGAUAAAUCGGUAACAACAGCUACAGCCUCAAUAUUUGGCCGUAUUGGUGGCCAUUCACCUGACCUAUUAUCCGCCCUUAUAACCCUGGCAAUGACUGGUAUACUGGUGGCCGGUGUGAAAAAGUCACUUCUCGUUAACAACAUUCUAAAUCUAAUCAAUUUCUCUUCAUGGGCCAUCAUAAUGGUUGUCUCAUUAUACUAUUUAUCAUUUACCAAUUGGUCUCAACAUGGUGGUUUCCUGCCCAAUGGUUGGUCCGGUGUUCUUUCCGGGGCAGCAACUUGUUUCUAUGCUUUCAUUGGUUUUGAUAUCAUUGCAACAACCGGAGAGGAAGCGGAAAAUCCUAAAUGGUCAAUUCCAACUGCCAUAAUAUCUAGUCUUCUGAUAGCCCUAACAGCCUAUACCACUUCCAGCCUUGUGUUAACCCUUAUGGUUCCCUGGGAACAGAUUAACGUUGAUUCGGCUUUAGUUGAAAUGUUUAACUCGGUUGAAGCUUAUCAUUGGAAGGAUUUGGUCGCCAUUGGUGCUCUUGCUGGUCUAACGGUUUCCAUGUUAGGUUCAAUGUUUCCAAUGCCGCGAGUUGUUUACGCUAUGGCCAAAGAUGGUCUCAUCUUCCGGCGUUUCUCAUCAGUUUGGCAGCCAACCGGUACUCCAAUGAUUGCAACAGUUUUUUUCGGUAUUUGUACAGCAUUUGCAUCAUUACUCAUCUCACUUGAAGUACUCGUUGAGAUGAUGUCAAUUGGUACACUUAUGGCUUACACUUUGGUCUCAACCUGUGUCCUACUCCUUAGGUAUCAACCCAAUCGAGCAAAUCUUGUUGACCUUUUACCUGAAACUAUCCGAUCAGCCUGUCAUACACCAUCUCGUGAACCCUUUCAAGGUUUAUCUGCACAAGGUCCAAUAAUGUCAACUACUCCCUCAUUCACACCUUAUGUAACCCGUGAAGAGAAACGAGUUCACACCAAACGAACCAAUCGAUACGAUUCCAGUGAAUCAGAUGAUACAGAUCCAAACUGUUUUCGACAGGAAAGUAAAGAUGAUGAAUUCUUAGUACCAGGAACAGCGGGUUAUCACUAUGGAUCAGUUCCUUAUCAACAUGGUGGAAGUAGCGGAAAAAGAUCAAAUAUCCUGGAAUAUUAUGAAAAAUUUUGUAUGUACCUUUUCCCAUAUGGUUGGAAAGUUAAUGGACCUGCAACCGAUGAAACUGGACUUUUGGUCAUUAAACUGGUUGGACUACUAUACAUAGUUACCAUUGUGUUUGAUGUUAUCCUUGCCUGGUUCAUUGAUUCACUGGAUUCUGGUAAUCAUCUGAUUCUGGGUCUCUUUAUAUCAUCUUUCAUGGCAAUUGUUGCCUGUAUUUUUGCCAUAGCCAGGCAACCUCAGAUCAGAUGCGAUUUAAAAUUCAAAGCUCCUGGAGUCCCUUUUGUGCCUGCUUUAGCCAUCGUAAUUAACAUUUACCUGAUCUUUAGGCUCUCAAUAUUGACAUUAGUUAGAUUUUCAAUUUGGAUGACUAUAGGUUUCAUCAUGUAUUUUGGUUAUGGUAUUAAAAACAGCUCACUGGAAAAGGAUCCUUACCCUCAGGAAGAUGUUGGUAACAAUUCAAUGGUUAACAUGAAUCAAACUAAUGGAAAUGAUUUAAAUUGUGUUGGUAAUCAACAAAUUGAGUUAACAAUACCAAAGGAUAGGCUGAAAGUGGCAACAAAUUACCAACCAUCAAUUCAACAAUCUAUCAACAAGUCUCAUAAAACUAAAUUAAAUGGUGGAUCGGAUAUACCCAAAUCUAAAUGGCAAACAUUUGAUUAAGAUUUUUUUUUCAGUUAACUAUUAGGAUAAUUUAGAUAACAAUUAAUCUAAAUAAUAUCUCAGAGGAAAAGCAAAAUCUAAAUCUAAAGGAUAUGAAGGA